AUGCCUUUCACUGCAUAUUGUAAAUUGGUGAUUUGUCAAUCAGGAAUAUUAUUGUUUUUAGCUAUACCCCUUGAAAAUGAAAUUAAAUUGUACGAAAUACAAAGUUGGACUGUACAUUGUAUCCUUAGACAUAUAAUUCUCAAAACGAUUAUUAAUGUUGUUAGAUUUUCGCAUUGUGGUAAAUAUCUAGCCUGUGGUGAUAUUUUAGGAAAAAUAGUGAUUUUUGAUAUCAAAACAAAACAUUGCAUUAAACACUUUAACUUGAAUAAAGAAAUACCAAUCUGUGAAUUAAGGUGGAUUAACGAUCUUCUUAGCCAAUCAUACCAUAUAGCGUUGACUGAUAUGAAUGGGGGAUUGGGACAUAUUAAAGAUGUAAUUAAACUUCGCGACAUCCCACAUCGAGAUGAUGAAAUUGGAGGAUAUGAAUACGACGAUUUAGAUGACUUAGAUGCAAUUAUUAAAGAAAAGGAAGAUUUAGAUACAGAUUUAAACAUUCCUACAGAACAAGAAUCAGAAAAUUUUCAGGAUAUAAAUCCCGUUUCAUCCAAGCAAAGUCCCAAAAAAUUUGGUGAUUAUUUUAAAGAGGCAUCCAAAAUGAACCCCAUCGGUUUGAUAAGCGAAGAUGAGUUUAUAGAUAAUGGCACCAAAACCCCAUUUCAAAAAAAUUAUAAAGAAGCGAAUAUCGAUUAUGAUAACGAUUUUUCUGACAUAGGCAAAGUGAAGGCCAAAUAUUAUCAAACAUUAAAAUCAUCUUAUGGUAAUACCAUAGAUAAAAAAAAUGUGAUAGAAAAAAAUACCAUUGAUAAGGCCACCGUGAUAAGUUACAUCGAGGAAAAAUUGGAUAAAAAAAUUUGCAAAGAUUGUAAUGAUGAUAUUAUAGUGGGUAGCAAGGAAGAUGAUAGAAGUGGUAGAGGUAAAAAUUUUGGACUGAGAGAAAGCAGAAUCAAUCAAAAAGCUUUUCAACCUGGAUCGACUCCAGGCUAUUUAGGGGAUCAUUACUUGGUAUGGAACAGUGUAGGAAUGAUUCAAUCCUUUGCCGAUGAAGAUAGUCAAGAUUAUCAAAAUAAUACUAUAGAAAUUGAAUUCUUUGACAAAUCUAUUCAUCAUUCCAUGAGGCUAGCUAAUAAAAAUGACAAUAUUUCCAUAGCAGAUAUGUCGGAACAAGCUGUUAUUUUAGCUUAUCAGAAUUCGGAUGAUCAGUACACAUUGAAAUGCCUACAUUUCUCAUCUUGGGAUAUGAAUAAAGAAUGGGAAGUAACUUUUCCUAAAGGCGAAAAUAUUCAAGCGAUCACGUUGGGUCAUAAUUGGUGUGCCAUUGCCACAGACGCUAGAAUGAUAAGAAUAUACCAUAUUGUAGGAAUCCAAAGGCUACCUUUUUAUGUUCCUGGAGACAUUGUGUCUCUUAAAGGGGGGGAUAAUUUAUUAGCCAUUAUUUACACUGAUUCGGUCAAUUUGUACCUCUAUCUAUACGAUGUGAUGAAUAAUGCUACCAUCAUGAGCGAUUAUAAGAUACCUGUGCCAUCUAAGGAUUCUCGUAAUAACAAAGUUACUUGGAUUGGAUUUUCCGAAAGAAAUAAUUUUUUUAUCGCCCUAUCAAGUGGACACAUAUUUAGUUUGCUUUUAGACCGUGGCGCAACCUGGUUAUCUAUAGCUAAUACUAAAUCCAUUGUUAAAAAUAAAUCGGAUAAUUAUUGGAUCGUGUCAAUACAAGAUGACCCAUCUCAGAUCAGGGCUAUUCUUUGUAAAGGCUCAAAUUAUCCUUUAACACUCCCUAAACCCAAUGUAUUAAUUCUACCAUUUCAAUUGCCACUUAAUGAGCCGGAUCUUGAGCAUACUAAAUUACAAAACGAUUAUUGGUUAUCGUGGUAUACAAGUCGAAACAAGAUUACAGAAGAUGAUGAUGAAUUCAAAAGAGCCAUAGCAAAUCAGUCCAAUCACUUGAUCAAAUUGUUUGCUCUGUAUUGCCAAACGGAUAAAGACUUUAAAGCUUACGAGGUUUGCAAAAUGAUGCCUACUCUCGAAAGUGCAAAAUUGGCCCUUAAAUAUGCCACCAAAAGCAGAAAAACGAUUCUGACAAAGAGACUCAUUCAACUGAUAGAAGAAAAUAAAUUCGGAUCUGUUUUCGAUAACCAUACAUUAUUUGAUAAUAAUGUUAAGUUUUCCAAUAGUGAAAAGUUAAUUAAAGGUCAUGGUUUAAAUAAUUCUGCCGUAUAUAAUGAAAGCAAGAUCAAAAGGUAAAAUUAUUUUGAAUUUUAUAUUCAGAAUGCACAUAAACUUUGGUAUCGAUCGAUACUGUUGGAGACCUUCAAUUUUAUUUUAACCGAUACCCAAAAAUGAUAAUGAACAUAAAUUUAAUAUUUUUUAGCCUACAUUUGUCCUUGAAAAAAAAAAUUGG